GACACACAGAGAAUGGAAGGGGGGGAAAAGGGCAGAUACAGCUCGCUGUUAACAGGGUGAACUAACAGAGAGAGAGAAAUCACCACGGAGAGAGUUACAGGAAAUAUAUGGACUUCACUUCUACUCUGCAGCAGCUCGGAGGGACACUGAGAGGCUUGUGUGAGGUGUCUAAGCUGAGGACAGUUGUGAAGAGAAGACAAGGUGAUCAUCUCGGUUUGUCUGCAGUCAAACUCCAGAUAUCACCUGGAUAUCCCAAAAACAGACCAAAGACUUUUUACUCUCAACACAAGCCCUUUGACUUCAGCAGUGACAGCACAUUAACAGAUUUCUCUCAUUGCCUUGGAUCUUACUGGAAUUUAAACACUUUGUCAUAUUCUUACCUGCAGGGAGAAUACAGUUUUGGAUGCAUAUUAAUUUCCAAUUUGGAAAUAGCCAUUUUUGUAAACCUUCUAUAAGUUUUCCUUUAACAGCGAUACUCCCUGAUGAUCACAGGGGAAUAUGUCAUUCUGUUUCUGGUGGGCUCCUGUUUCCUGUUGGACUACAGCUCCCAAAUCCCUCUGCAGGCUCAACUCCAGAGCAGAACUAAGGCUGGAGUGAUGUCAGCCAGGGGAGGGACAAGAGGUAACACUGUGAGGUCUUCUUUGGGAGAAGGGACAUCAUUAGAAGGCAGGACGAGGCUAAGGAGACAUGGGAGGUCGAGGGUCCAGCGUAUGAAAAGAGGAUGGGUGUGGAACCAGUUCUUUGUCCUGGAGGAGUACAUGGGAUCUGAACCACAGUAUGUUGGAAAGCUCCACACAGACAUGGACCAUGGACACAAUGCUGUCAAGUACACUCUGUCAGGAGAAGGAGCUGGGUCCAUCUUCACCAUUGAUCAAAUUACAGGAGAUAUACAUGCACUGGUGGGGCUUGACAGGGAGCAAAAGUCCUUCUACACACUUACUGCCCAGGCUGGUGACAUCCACACAGGCCUCCCUCUGGAGCCGCAGUCUGAGUUCAUCAUUAAGGUGCAAGACAUCAAUGACAAUGAGCCACGAUUUCCUGAUGGUCCCUACAGUGCCAGUGUCCCUGAGAUGGCUCCAACAGGAACCUAUGUAACACAGGUGACUGCCACAGAUGCAGAUGACCCCACAUAUGGCAACAGUGCACGUAUUGUCUACAGCAUCCUUCAAGGCCAGCCAUACUUCUCUGUGGACCCCAUGACAGGAGUGAUCAGGACAGCUCUAGCCAACAUGGACCGCGAGGUAAAAUCAGAGUAUCAGGUUCUUCUCCAGGCAAAGGACAUGGGAGGUCAGCUGGGAGGGCUGGCCUCCACCACCACCAUCAACAUCACCCUCAGUGACGUCAAUGACAACCCACCACGCUUCACUAAGAGUAUUUUCCAUCUGCGGGUGCCAGAGUCGGCGUCAGUUGGGUCAGCAGUGGGUCAGAUUCAAGCCCACGAUCUGGAUGCUGGCAGCAAUGCAGAGGUGGAUUUUGCCAUUGUUCCAGGAGAUGAGGGCAACAUGUUUGACAUCUUCUCUACCAGCGAAAGUCAAGAGGGAGUUGUCAUCUUGAAAAAGACUCUGGACUAUGAGACUAAGAAGUCCUACACCUUCAAGGUCGAGGUAUCCAACGCACAGGUGGACCCACGUUUCCUCCACCUAGGGCCCUUUAAAGACUCAGUGACAGUCAAGGUGAAUGUCCUGGAUAUAGAUGAACCCCCAGUCUUCACUAAGCCAUCCUACUCUGUGGACGUAUACGAAGACACUCCUCCAGGAAUCAUCAUCAGCUCUGUGACCGCUCAAGACCUGGAUGCCAGCAGCAGUGCUGUCAGGUAUUCCCUGGAAUGGCAGACAGAGUCUGACAGCUGUUUUGACAUUGACACUGUUGAGGGAACCAUUUCCACGAAUGAUUACCUGGACAGAGAGACAGCUGUUCAACACAAUAUCACUGUACUGGCAACCAAAGUCAAUAACCCUCUGCUGGCAGCUAAAGUGUCAGUGACGAUCAACAUCCUGGAUGUCAACGAGUUCCCUCCUGAGCUGGCGCUUCCUUCCGAUACCUUUGUGUGUGAGAACGCCAGAGUGGGACAGGUGAUCCAGACAGUCAGUGCUGUGGACAAAGACCUUCCUCCUGUCGGCCAGAGGCUCUUCUUUAAGUCCCCUAAAGAGCUCCGCAACAGAAACUUCACUGUUAGAGAUUUUGGAAACAACACUGCUGGCAUUGUGACUCGACGCUCGGGCUUCCAGCGGCACCUGCAGGAUGUCUAUGUUCUUCCUGUUGUGGUUGAAGACAGUGGUUACCCUGCCCAGAGCAGCACAGCCACCCUCACCAUCCGAGUGUGUUCCUGCGAGGCCAGAGGCUCACUGCUGACCUGCUCAGCUGAGGCUAUCUUCCUGCCCGUGGGCCUCAGGACUGGAGCUCUGAUGGCUAUUCUGUUAUGUGUAGCUCUACUGACUGUCAUGGCAGCGUUAUACAUGGGCCAGAGUCACCACAAAGAGAAAGACACCCUGAUGACAUCAAAAGAGGAUAUCCGUGAUAAUGUCAUCCACUAUGAUGAUGAGGGUGGCGGCGAGGCUGACACUCAUGCAUUUGACAUGGGCACUCUGUGCAACACACACUCGCACCGCACCAGCACUCAGAGCACCACCUCCAAGAAGGAGAGAAAUGGCUACGGAGAUGGUGUUCUGCUGCAUCUCAGCAGCCGCUGCGACGAUGUCAGGUCACCCGACAUCCAUCGUCAAACAGCCAGUGUUAUCACUGCUGUCGGCAACAAGGCUCCGCUCUCCUCCUGUGGUAGAGUGAUUGGAGGCGAUGCUGAAAUGAUAAGGGAGUUCAUUGCACAGCGGCUGGAGGAUAAUCAGCAAGGUUAUGCCGCCCCACCCUAUGAUUCACUGGCGACCUAUGCCUAUGAGGGUGAUGGCUCGGUGGCUGGCUCGCUUAGCUCCAUAGAGGAGUCAUGGGUAAUUGACGAUGCAGGGGAUUUUAGCUCCCUUGGUGACUGGGGACAGCCAUUCAAAACACUGGCUAGCAUCCUGAACAGACACCCGCCUGCUAUGACUGAGGAGAGCUGAGAGGAAGCUGGACAGCAGAGAGACUUUAGGAGUCCAUGUGGGAAUUAGCUUACUUUCAUAGAUUUUUUUUUCUUCACUGUGACAGGCACUGGAUAGAAUGAUGUAAGUACUUUAUCCUUUAGAAAGCUGUCCAUGUGAAGUUAAGUUGUAGUCAGGUUAGCUGCAGAAAAGAGAAUCUAGCUACAGGUGUGUGAAAAGGUAAACUGGAUAGCUCCUUAAAGUG